AUGCCAUCUGGAGGAUAUCCAAACAUACCAUCUGGAGGAUGUCCAGAUUCUUCUAUGGGCGGUUUUGCAGGCGUAAGUAAUUCAGGCUAUCCUGUAGCGCCAGGAGGAUAUAUGGCGCCCACUUCUAGUGGAUUUCCUGAACAGUCAUUAGGAGGCUAUUUUGGUGGUGCACCUUGCAGUGCUCCCGGCGGCUUUCCUGAUCAGCUUCUCAACACGCCAAGUGCUCCGUAUGAACCUCAGCCAAACUUCUCGAAUGUUCCUUAUGGUUGUAUGGAAUCGAGAGCUCCAUAUGUGCCAGGCACAGCCUCCUACCAAACAGAUUACGUCAGCAGAAUGCAAACUCCUUAUGCGGCUGGGAAUCCUGGUCCACAAACACUGCAAACAGAUUAUUUACCAUCUCCGUCAAAUCGUUCUUUCAUGGGAGAUACAGUAAACCAAGGCAGAGAUUCAGUAUGCUCUAUGUUCAAUGAUUUUCCUGCUCCUAUUGCAUGCCAAUCUACAGGCCUAUCUGGGGCUUCCAGAGUUUUUGGUUUCGCUGAAUCAGCACCUCAUGAAGAUAUAAGGGAACCAACUUUAAAACCUGCAACCGAUUUCUGUGUUAAACGAGAUUGUGAUCGUUUAAAGAAAGCAAUGGCUGGAAUUGGUGCAAAUACAAAGGAGGUGAUUGCAGUGAUGGGUCAUCGAUCAGUAGAACAACGUAUAGAGAUUGUACAAAAAUAUAAAUCUAUGUUCGGAAAAGAUUUAUUUGCUAAAUUUAAAUCUGAAUUACAUGGACAUUUAGAAGAUUGUGUAAUAGCAUUGUGUUAUUCUCCAGUGGAAUUCGAUGCAGUAGAACUUCGUAGAGCAAUGAAAGGAGCUGGUACAGAUGAGGAUGUAUUAAUUGAAAUCCUUUGUACUCGGACAAAUGAUCAGAUAAGAAGAAUCAGAGAAGCAUAUCCAAGAUUGUUCAGUGGUCGUGAUUUAGAAAAAGAUGUGAACAAUGAUACUACACAUCAUUUUAAACGUAUUUGUAUUGCACUAUUACAAGCAAAUAGAGAUGAAUCUACAUUUGUAGACAACAAUCUUGCACGAAGAGAUGCUGAAGAUUUAUAUAGAGCAGGAGAACAAAAAGUGGGAACAGACGAAUCAAAGUUUAUUGAUAUCUUAGUCACACGAUCCUACGCUCAUUUACGUGCUGUAUUCAAUGAAUACACAUCUCUUGGUAAGCGUAAUAUGGAAGAUGCUUUAAAAUCAGAAAUGCAUGGACAUACACUUAGUGCUUUUCUUUCAAUAGUUCGAUGUGUUCAAAAUAAACCAAGAUAUUUUGCUGAAAAACUACUCAAAGCAAUGAAAAGUGUUGGAAAAGAUGAUAGAACUAUUAUACGUAUCAUUGUUUCUCGUUGUGAAGUUGAUAUGGGACAAAUAAAGAAAGAAUUUCAUAGUUUAAAGGGGAAAACAUUAGAGUCAUGCAUAUGUGAUGAAAUAUCAAAAAGUUAUCAAAGUCUUCUAUUAGCGCUAAUUGGAGCAUAA